AUGUCUCGGGCCUAUUACCUCUUUUCUCCCUCUCUCUGUCUUCUUUUCUCCCUCUCUCUGUCUUCUUUUCUCCCUCUCUCUGUCUUCUUUUCUCCCUCUCUCUGUCUUCUUUUCUCCCUCUCUCUGUCUUCUUUUUCCCUCUCUCUGUCUUCUUUUUCUCCCUCUCUCUGUCUUCUUUUCUCCCUCUCUCUGUCUUCUUUUUCCCUCUCUCCCUCUCUCUGUCUUCUUUUCUCCCCUCUCUCUGUCUUCUUUUCUCCCUCUCUCUGUCUUCUUUUCUCCCUCUCUCUGUCUUCUUUUCUCCCUCUCUCUGUCUUCUUUUCUCCCUCUCUCUGUCUUCUUUUCUCCCUCUCUCUGUCUUCUUUUCUCCCUCUCUCUGUCUUCUUUUCUCCCUCUCUCUGUCUUCUUUUCUCCUCUCUGUCUUCUUUUCUCCCUCUCUCUGUCUUCUUUUCUCCCUCUCUCUGUCUUCUUUUCUCCCUCUCUCUGUCUUCUUUUCUCCCCUCUCUGUCUCUGUUUCUCCCUCUCUGUCUUCUUUUCUCCCUCUCUCUGUCUUCUUUUCUCCCUCUCUCUGUCUUCUUUUCUCCCUCUCUCUGUCUUCUUUUCUCCCUCUCUCUGUCUUCUUUUUCUCCCUCUCUCUGUCUUCUUUUCUCCCUCUCUCUGUCUUCUUUUCUCCCCUCUCUCUCUUCUUUUCUCCCUCUCUGUCUUCUUUUCUCCCUCUCUCUGUCUUCUUUUCUCCCUCUCUCUGUCUUCUUUUCUCCCUCUCUCUUUUCUCCCUCUCUCUGUCUUCUUUUCUCCCUCUCUCUGUCUUCUUUUCUCCCUCUCUCUGUCUUCUUUUCUCCCUCUCUCUGUCUUCUUUUCUCCCUCUCUCUGUCUUCUUUUCUCCCUCUCUCUGUCUUCUUUUCUCCCUCUCUCUGUCUUCUUUUCUCCCUCUCUCUGUCUUCUUUUCUCCCCUCUCUCUGUCUUCUUUUUCUCCCUCUCUCUGUCUUCUUUUCUCCUCUCUCUGUCUUCUUUCUCCCUCUCUCUGUCUUCUCCCUCUCUCUGUCUUCUCCCUCUCUCUGUCUUCUUUUCUCCCUCUCUCUCCUCUUUUGUAAAAGCCUUAUUUCAUGA